AUGUCCAACAACAACAACAACACCACCCCCGCCAGCGACGCCACCAUGGCCGAGCGUCUAGCCUACUACGAGAAGUCCUGCAAGCGAGCCGAGAAGCGCAUCGAGAAGAAGAAAGCCCUCGUCGCCAAGUUGGAGGAGGAAUAUGCGGCUCUUCUAGAGCAGCUCACCGAAGCCAGGCUUGCACCGAAACUAGACAUGGAGCGCAUCGAAGUCCUGGAUGCGGCGAUCAAAGCGAACAAUGCAGAGCUUGAGACUGAGGCUGGGCGACACGAGCAACUGUGCGAGGACUAUCAGAAGCUUAUCGACAUGAAGAACGGGUCGGAGGCGGAGUUCAUCGCUCGUGUUGCGGAGUAUAUGGAUAAGGAGGCGGAGCGUGACGGUGGCGAUGGUGAAGAUGGAGAAGGACAGGGAGAGGACGAGGCUGCCUAG